GUGUACGAGGAGCAGUGAAGGCACCAGAACCCCCGUGACAGCAUCCGCGGGAAAUUCAGGCUGUGAACUGAUUCUUGUUUGGAUUAACGUCACAACGAUAAAACAACGCAAUUUUACAGCAAAAACGGAAAAAAUAACUUAACGAAAGUUGAAGUUGCUGAUCCAGCCACCGUUACAACAUGUCAAAGAAGAAAGGACUUAGUUUGGAGGAGAAGAGAACUCGCAUGAUGGAGAUUUUCUUUGAAACGAAAGAUGUGUUUCAGCUGAAAGACAUUGAGAAGAUCGCGCCUAAGCAAAAGGGCAUUUCUCCCAUGACAGUGAAAGAUGUGCUGCAGAGCCUGGUGGAUGACAACAUGGUGGACUGUGAGAGAGUGGGAACCUCCAACUACUACUGGGCCUUUCCCAGCAAAGCCCUGAACGCUCGCAAGAACAAACUGGACGAGCUGAAAAAACAAGACUCUGAAGCGAAGCAGCGAAAGGUGUCUCUAGAGAAAGCGGUUGAAAAGGCAAAUUUGGGACGUGAAGAUACUAAAGAGAGAAGCUCUCUGCUGAAGGAGCUGAAGGCUCUGAGAGAAGAGAAAACUCAGCUGCAGGCCGACUUGGAGAAAUAUAGAGAGUGUGACCCAGAAGUCGUAGAGGAGAUAAGAAAAACAAAUGUUGUAGCAAAAGAAGCUGUUUCCAGGUGGACAGAUAAUGUCUUUGCCAUCAAGUCGUGGACUAAAAAGAAGUUUUCCUUUGAUGACAGCCGCAUUAAUAAAGCCUUUGGGAUCCCUGAGGACUUUGACUAUAUGGACUGACUGCCAACUCUUCUACCAGACUUCAUUGUUUUUAUUCUUCAGUUUGAAGCCAGUUUCUUGAUCUCAGCAAUUCAAGUUUAUGAUCUCUGUGUUAGAAUGAACUGAAAUGUAGCAUUAUUCGUAUGAAUGGCCCAGGGUAAGCUUUUAAGAAGGCCCGAUAUCAGUAUUUCUUCUGUGGCAGAUGGACCUUAUCAGUUGAUCUGUUGCUUUGGUGCAACCAGAGAAGAGAACCAUUAGAGUGGUGAAGGUCCUAUGAUGAACACAAUCUACCAGCCUGACUUUUGGGACACCUGUUUGCAUGAAAACUGAGAGCCUCAAGUUGAUGAUGGAAAGGAAUCAAGACUUAACAUAUCUGUUUAGCCAAUUUAUACGGUUCAAACAGAUGGUUUGGAAUCAAAUGCUUGUGCACUUUCCCCCCUAUGUUUCCUAGUCUUAUUUUGUUAGAAUGGAAAGGAACUUGAUUUGAUGAGCUACAUAGUCCUCUUAAUUCCCAGAAAGUGCACAGGGACUGAUCUGACAUUUUAUAUGAGAUGUUCCAUGUGUAAGACAUGUCUACAAGUGCUGUAAACAUUUUAAGUAGAUUCACUUGUGCAAAACCUCUUUUUCUUGUGUUGCAAAUACAAUGUUUGAGUUUUACAAGAUGUUGCUGUAACUGUGGUUCUUCUAAAACCUAGAGUGCAGUUUAAAAAUGUGUUUGCAUAUGUCA